CACUGGCGAGCUUGCAGUCUAACGUUACUGUCAACCGAGUAAAUGAUUUCAUAUGCAUAUAAACAGACAUGUUUUUAAUGAUGUGCAUGUACGCUUGCGAUAUUAAUCACAUUGUAUGUUGCAUCUUGCACGUGGAUCAAAGACAACAACAAAACAAAACGCCCACUUAGUGAAAGGAUCGUGUGCACUAAUAUGGUUAUUACUAGUGUACCAACAAAACGUUCGUAUUAUUUAAAACACCGUUAUUUGCAACGCAAAAGUGGUGAUUGUUUUCCUUUCGACUUAUAAUUCUUGGGAAUCUACACUCCAUUCCUCGAUAACUGGUGUCCUCAAGGUGCCAGGACGAUGUCAGAAACCCUGUUCCUCACAUUCCAAUCCCAACUCUCUGUUGUCAUGGAGACCAUCCUCAAAUCAGCCAUGUUCGAAAUAACCAGGCUGGUGGAGGACAGCUUCCUGGAGGAAGUGGGUCAUCGUAAACAGGAAGUGGAACUUUUGAGACGCAGGCUGCAGUUGUCCGAAAGUAAAGUGAGACAGAAGGAAUGGGAACAAGCAAGGAAAAUACAGUGCCCAGACUGUGGAUGUGGCCGAUUGGGCGACUCGAGUGACAAAGAGGAGAGCCAGACGGCAGAGAUGGUUCAUGGCCCAAGCCUGAGAGAUCAGUCAAUCAAUGAGCCUUCAUUGACCCAAACUAUGUGGAGUACAAGGCAACAAAUGGAGUCUAACGUGCACACAGCAACACGCUUACAAGAAAAACAUGAUGCACAAAAGCAGACUGCUAAAGAUAUCACCGCACCUAUUUCCAACGCACAAAUUCCCCAGGAUGUUCUGCAAAGACUUCUGGGUAAUGCCGAAGUUCACAGCGAGUCCCUGAGUGACAGGGUGAGAGAGUUAAACCAAUCUGAAAAGGACUUUACGCUUGACAAGGAAAUAAGCUCAAAUCACUCACGACUGUUACGAAGUCCUUUAUCUCAGGAUGGCCAGGAAAAUUUGGAACCAUCCUCACCGAACAAAGUCAAAUCGGAGACAGAGCCGGAUCUUCUCCCUGUCAAAGAAGAAGAAGAGAUGGUUCCGGUGUGGGAAAGCGUCAACAGAGAUGACGGUUGCCUUGGAGAAAUGUCUGAUCCGAGUCACGGAGAGCUCAGAGGAUCUUGUGAUCAGGAGGAGAUACAGGUAGAAAGCUUUCCAGAUCUAAACUCUCUCGACAUGCCUGAUGCCACCUCAUAUUUCACACCUUAUUCAGUGAACACAUUGGUACAACAAAGUAUUAGGGCACAACAUAGUAAUAUAUGCACAACAGAGCUGGGGCUGUCCAGGUCAAAUUUUUUUGUCCAACAAGAAAACGGACAGAUUUAUACAGGGCAGGACGGUUCUGAAACUUCCGCCCUCUAUUCUCAUGAUGUUGUUUGUCCGGGCGAGAAAAUAAUCAGCCAUGCACAGUACCCCAAGCAUUUCUCCCAGGACAAACACAGGAUCCAUGCAGAAAGAUCCCACCAUUGCACCCAAUGUGGGAGAACUUUUGUGAAAGCAUGUGACCUCAGGGCCCACAUGCUGAUCCACAAAGGCAAGAGACCUUUGAGCUGUCCCCAGUGCGAUCAGACAUUUGCGUACAACUUUGAGCUGAAAGUUCACCAGCAGCAACACUCGGGCGAGAGACCUCAUGUCUGUCCACACUGUGGCAAGGCCUUCGCCCGGCUAAGCAACUUCAAGCAGCACCAGAACAUCCACACGCGGGAGAAACUCUUCAGCUGUACUCAGUGCGGGAUGAGGUUCAAUCGGGCCACCAACCUGCGAGUUCACAUCAGACGACACAGCCAUGCAGGGAAGACUUACAGUUGCCCUCAGUGUGGAAAGAGCUUUCUGGGUCCCAGGCAAAUGAAGACUCAUUUACUGAAAAUCCACGGAAGAGGAGGGAAAUAAAUCCAUCUGUUUUACAACCAUUUAUAUUUUAACUGAUCCCGAAUUAGUCUGUUUACAUUUAAAUGAUCUGCUUUGUUUGGGUUUAUAAAAAGUUCUCCGGUCAGCAUGCUUGGUCUUUGAAUGAAGGACACUCCAUUUUGGUAUCUGUGCUCAAUGCAGGGACAUUACUACAUGUUCAUGCUGAAUGAUCUCUAGAUCAACCAGACUGGAAUCAGAUAAAAGCUAAAAUAAAAGACCACUGUCCCAACUUAACAACUCUUUUAUAAUCAUUUACACAUUAAAGACACAAACCAUAUCUGGACAAAUUCGUAUCCUGUAAAUCUUGAAUUAGGUAUGCAUAACGAUUAAAGUUUUUGUUUACAUCAUAUGUGUGUGUAUAAUUUUAAGAAAAAAAAAAUAUAUAUAUUAAGUAUUUAUAUAUAAUAUAAAUUAUAUAAAUAUACAAAUGUAUGUAAAAUUUUAUACAUGCAUGUGUGUGCAUUUAUCUGUACAAAGUUAUUAUACACAGUUCACACACAUAUAUGAUGUAAACAAAAACUUUCAUUCUGCUAUACAUAAAUCGCGAUUAAUCGUUAUGCAUCCCUACUUUAAAAUAAUACUUCUGUAAUACAGGAAAAUAAGUAAACACUCUAUAAAGUUACGUUGCUUUAUAAAUCAUAGACUGCCUUAUAAACACAUACUGCCCAAGUGAAUGGAUGACCUGUGGUUUUGCUGGAUAUAAAGCACAAUAACGUUUACACUUCUCAAAUGACUUCAAUGUUUGUAAUCUACGUGGAGUACAAGAUAUAGAUUUAUCCAGAACUAGGCCUUAGUUAAUAGGACAUUUAAAUCGUUUGUACAAACACCCCUUACAAAAAACAAUACUGGUGUAUGUUAAGAUAUGUCAGUGCAAGAGGUUUUUAAAUUAGGCAGGUCAAACAUGCAUUUUAGUCUAAGACUAGGAUAAGCCCUGUCUACGAAACUGCCCCAUAGUCUUUAGUCACAAUAAAAAAAAAUUUGGGAAUACAUUUUUUUUACAAAUGAUUUAUCUAUGAGGUGCAUUAUUUUGUAAAAAUUCAUGUGACCUCAUAAUCUUUAAUCAAAAAUGCAAAUGUCCUCCACAAAACAAUCUCUCUGUACCUCCGGGCAGAAGCUAUGGCACGAGGGCCGAGCCCCUGAAAAAGAUCGAAGCAAUUAGCAACAUGACCCAACUUCUAUUAAUCCAUCAUUUCUCGAUGGACGAAUUCAAGUCCCCCCCACCCCCACCAUUUUUCUCUUUUCUAAAUCCGUUUCAUUCAGCUAUACAUCAUGACGAGGAAAAUAAGACAAUCGCUACUUCCAUUUCAUUGAGAUUUUAAGCGUAUAGAUUUUUGAUAGUCAGACUAGAAAAUUAUUAAUUGUCAUAUACACUCACGCUUGUCAAGCAUUGUUUUUUGGGGGGUAGGAUAAGUAUGAAAGCAGCGAUGACUUCUUUUUCGAGGGCGCACGAUGCGAAGUUCGUCAUAACAUGUAUGUAGCCCGUCAUGUGUGUGGUUCGUAAUUUCAAAAUAUGUGUUCGCCGUGUCGAGUUAACCUAUGUGUGCAUUAUGUGUCUUGUAUAAAUAAGUGCCUGCUGCAGACGCGUCUAAAGGGUUUAUGAUAAAAGAGACUCACGCAUUUGCCAGAUACUCACAUAAUCUUAUGCGUUAUCAAAGUUUACUAUUAAGGGAGCGUCUUUCGUGUAUUUUGUGAACAUGAGCGUCUCUUUCAUCAUAAACGGUUUUGACGCUUGUGCAGCAGGCACUUAUUUUGUCAAGACACGUGAUGCACAUAGGUUCACAUGACGCAACAAAAACAUAUUUUGAAAAAACGAGCAACACACAUGACACUUCGAACACAUAUUUUAAAUUUGCCCCCCUUGGAUGAGCAGACACGAGCUGCCACUGUUAGGGCACAUAAUUUAAAAAACAUAAUGAACCACAGAGUUAAGUCAUUUAUAAAAAAAAAUAUUAUUUUAUAAAAAAUUAAGUUUUCAAUUUCGUGGUGACUUUAAUGGGCUUUAAAUCCAGAAAAUAAAAGGCCACCCAUUUUAAAUUGUAUGUGUCUAUAAAGCAGUAUUGGCCUCCUGAAUAUGGCAGCAACAAUAGCCCAUGAUUCAGUAGCCAUCUAUGUACAGUAUGUCUAUGGUUCAAAUUUGCAAAGACUUUAGCAGUUCCCUGGUAUUUCAAUACACCUGGUUUGAAUUUAUUAGUUAUCAUGAAUUGUCUUGUUUUUGUAUUAUCAAUGUAAAAUAGUGUAAUAUUAUUGAUAUAUUUUCUAAAGUAAAGAUGCAAUAAAAGAGCACAUAGUCUUUUUUGUCUAUACAGUAUAUGUUUGUAAAUUAAUGGUCUUUAACCCAUUUCAAUUAUUAUUUAUUUAUUUUUUAAUAUAGCGUUUAACCGAAGGCUACUCUAACCGUUACCUAAAUUGACAUUUGGCUUUGUUCACAAAGUUCAUGGUGAUUUGUUGAAAAAGUAAAUGAUCCAUCAGUUUAAUAAGUUUUAAAGACUGCAGCCAGACACAAUACACUCUAAGAAAGGAUGUGUUCAUUUUUUACACAUUGUUUUGUGUUAUUGUAACAUUAUUUGUCAUUUUAUGUUGAUUUUGUGUUAUUGUAAAUAAAAGGGACAAUACGAGAUGUGUUAAAACAACACUAAAUUUGUUCCAAUAAUAAUAACACAUUUUGUGUCUAGUUAAGGACAACAUAUUAAAUGUAUUGUCCUUAAUUAGACACAAAAUGUGUUGUUUUAACACAACCGUUUUAAGAUUCCAAGUCAGCAUCUCACAUUAACAAGGUGUCAUUUUAAUCAAUUUUUAUUAUGAAACUGCUUCACAUCAUUCCUAACGGGACAUCGAACAAAAAGCACCAUUCCAAAUGGCAUUUUUUUCACUUCAGUCAAUGUCCGACAGUGCAUGUUGACUCUUAAGCCAUUUCCUUAAGAUUCUUAUGUUCUUUACUGAUAGGAACUGACUCAAAUUAUCACCUAAAUAAAGAUCAUUUUUAGAUGGA